AUGUGUUUUAGAUCGGUUUCCUGUUUCAUAUUUGAUAGAUUGGAUAUGGAACAAGAAGCAGAUAGAAAUAAUCAAGGGUUCAGUUUUUAUAACAGAAAAGCCGAUUUCGGAUGUCGCGUUAUUAAAACGGUGGCGCUCUUUCUAUGUUGGUGCUGUUUGGGUUUGUACGCAGAGGUGUUGGGACCCUCAUUGCAGACGUACAUAGACGUGACUAACUCGAAUACCGAGCAGAUAGGCACGUGCCUCUCGAUGCGUGAGUUGGGCAUGUUCUUCGGGUCGCUGGUGGGUGCUUUCCUAGCUGACCGUUUUGUACGGUGGCGACACUUCGUUGUGGCCGGCGGUCUGGUACUCGGAGCGGUCACAAUCGGCGCUGUACCUUGGUGCACCACUGUGGCUUCCCUCUCUGCCACUCUCUUCUUCUCCGGCUGCGCUCACGGCACUAUGACUGCCAGUGGAAAUCCGCUGCUGAAUUCGAUUUGGCUGGAGAAGUCGGGUGGACCUUUCAACUUCAUGCAUUCGGGCUACGGCGUAGGCGCUUCUGUGGCCCCCGGCCUGUUGGCAUCUUUUACCUUCGCUCAAGAGAAGGUUUUCGCCAACGGUACCGUGGUCAAGAAUAGAAUAAUUAGUCUCACCACGCCCUACUUCAUCGUCGGUGGCCUCUGCUGUGGCUGUGCCUGUCUCUUUUGCUGUUUUAGCUUCUGCCAACCAUCUAAAGAGGAGACCACCGAAGCAACCAUAUCAAAAGGCGAAGAUAGCUGCUCUGCCGAGGAGUUUGAAGACGUAAAAGUAGGGGUUAAAAAGUUCGCUCUGUUGCAAGCAUUGGCAGCUCAAGCGAGGGUACUCCUCUAUGUAACAGUGCCAAUCUUCCUGCUCUACGCAGCUCUAGUGGGUAACGAACGUGUCUUCUCGAAGUAUCUCUUUGUCUUCGCCAAUGAAGGACCCGCUCAUCUGCCAGAGAGCGAUUGCUUUCUCCUCAAUAGCGUCUACUGGAUUGUUUUUGCUCUCGCCCGGGUUGUCACUGUACCCGUCAGUUUAAUCGUUCCCUUGCCUAUCCUCUUCGCGAUUCAGCUAGUGGGCGCGUGGGCAAUGGCUCUAGGGUUCUACCUCGCGCCCUCCAACCGCACCGUCUACCUGGCUUUCACGGUGUGUUUCGGCCUCUUCAAAAGUCCUCUCUUUCCUACGGGCCUUGGAGUGGUCAGUAUGGCCUCGCCAGUCUCAGGAGUCAUCACUUUUUUCGUCAACCUCGGGAGUUCCGUGGGUGCGAGUGCGCUCCAGGCGGUGGGGGGCAUGGUACUCAAUCGUCAGGGCAGACAAGCCUUCCCCCUCCUGGUUAUGAUAUCGGCUCUGGUGCUCAUUUUCUUCGGUGUUGGGCUCAUCGUCACUACCUACCUUUACCGAAAGCGACACAGACCGAAUUCGGAACCAAAACCGGAGUCAGCCGACCUUACAAAUCGCCAAAUGGAUCUGCAUGUGCAGGUGUCGUUUCGCACGCGGGAUGAUAGGUAUUCAGUCCCUUCACACCCAAUAAGUAUCCCACGAUCAUCAAACACCGAUGACCUAAGAAACGUUCUACGAGAAUUGCUUAAAGGUCGAGCGGAUUCAGUUUCCUUUGAUUUUCUUCUGCGCAAUGAGUUCAUCGAAGGAACACUUGAUGAGUUCCUCUUAAAAAAGCAAAUUACAUUGGCAAGUUUUGAAGUGAUUGAGAUCGAAUUUACGGUACGCCAAGAUGCACCUGAAGCUCUUUCCAAAAUAGCUCAUGAAGAUUUCAUAAGUUGCGUGAGGCGCCGGGAAAAUUGCAUCAUUACAGGUAGCUAUGAUGGAACCGUUCAGCUACGAGACGUAAAAGGGACCGAACCGAUUUUUACUCUUACUCUUGAGGAACAGAUUAAAACCGCAGAAUGGAUUAAGAAAGGCACUGUAGAUUCGGAUGACUCCAUAUUUGCCACUGGCGGAUUCGGCCAAUUCGUUCGGCUCUGGGCUUGGAAUAUUGCUAAAACCUACGUUGAAUGCGUUGCUGUGUGCAGGGGCCAUAAGGAAACAAUAAUGUCGCUUGCAUCAUCCUCAACCAUUUCUGGCUGUAAUGCGGAUCUAUUCGCCUCAUCCUCUUAUGAUUCCACGAUUAAAGUGUGGUCUGCCAAUACUGAUAAGACUGAUCUUGUUAUGGAGACUGGCGGCAUAUCACACAAACGAAAGUCGGAAGACAAAAUUCCAGUUCGGAUCCCGCGGGUAACCCUUGCGGGACACCGCAACAUGGUGAGCCGGGUGUCCUGGUACUUGGAGGGUGUCACUUCGACCACCGUACCAAAGCUCAUCUCGUGCAGUUGGGAUCAGUCUAUUCGUCUGUGGGACGUGGAUACUGGGAGCGGCAGCCAGACGGCUGCGUCCAAGUGCGGCGAGGUGCGCUGCAUCAUGGUGGGUAGUGCUCUGCACGAUCUUUCCGUCGCCUCGCAGGGUAUUCUGGUCGCCGCUUCUGACAACAAGGUCCGGAUUUAUGACCUCAGAGCUAAGGAUGCUCUCGCUCAGAUUGGGUUCCAGGGUCAUGAUGGUUGGCUAACGUCGGUAGCCUGGGCGCCACACCGAGCCGACCAAUUUGUAACGGGUUCGGUGGACAAGAUAGUGAAGUUGUGGGACACACGGCGCACCUCUGCACCGCUCUUUGACCUCAUGGGUCACCAGGAUAUUGUCACUGCAGUCGAUUGGGCGCCUCCUGACAAGGAUGGUCAGCACUAUAUUCUAAGUGCCUCGGCCGAUGGGACUGCCAAAGUUUAUACAGCGGGGUCGGUAAUGCCCCUACUUCUCCUUUGCGGGUAUCCGUGUUCGGGCAAGUCAUUGGUAGCCACGAGGUUGGCUGGCUUGCUUCGUGGGCAGGAUCCGGACUGCGUAGUGGAGGUCAUCUCCGAGGAAACCAUUGCACGCGCCAUCUCAGCCAACAUUUCCGGCGAACAGGAUCCUCGCGUUGCCAUCUUCGCCAACGUUAGUCUAGAGAAACAGCUCCGUUCUCAGAUCAAGUCACAGACGGAUAGGAUUCUCUCGGGUAAGAAAGGGAGUUCGGCACUGUGUGUGCUGGUGGAUGCAAACAAUUACAUCAAGGGAUAUCGCUAUGAGAUGUACUGUGUGGCAAAGGCCACGCGGCAACAACAGGCUAUUGUCUACUGUACAACACCUGAGGCGAUGUGCCGGGCAAACAACGCCCAGACAGCUCGCUAUCCAGAGGAGAUUUUUACGGACCUUGUCAAUAGAUUUGAACGUCCGAAUGGCACCUCGCGGUGGGACAACCCACUCUAUGAGAUCUGCCUGCCCAAAGCAGAUGGGCCUUUUGACCCCGGAGAGGAAUUCAAACAGUUAGUGGAGGAUCUGGCCAGUCGUGUGAUCCGUGAUUUGCUUCAAUCAAACGUGGAAGUCAAGCCAAAUCAGUCAACUGUCCCUUCAAAAUCUGCAGCUGCCGACUAUAUCCAGACAGUUGAAAGGGCCACUAACAAAGUGAUCAGCCUAAUUCUUACCGCCCAAUCGCGAGGUGACGAGAAAGUGGCUCUACCAAAUCAGGAGGAUGUGGUUCUCCAACUUGCUGACCAAGAGACCUGGACACCGGCCAUUCUAGCUAAGGCAAAACGCCACUUCUUCGCUUUUGUUCGAUCCGGUCUGGGUGCUGGCGCGGAUACAAGAGUAACCAGACGAACAAGCGAGGACGAGAUCAGUGCUCUAUUCGUCCGUUUCCUUGGCACCGAAGCUCAACAACUCGCCUCCCUUACCUAA